AUGGUUCUAAAGACUAUAUUUUUGGCAUGCGUUAAUUUGGUCAUGAACGUUUUGAACGCCGUUCUUUUUUUUAUAAUUCCACGACCUGUGAUCGCAGAUACCCAAGCAAAUCGAGCAAGAAAUUUACGAUUAACUACGCAAUUCAUUCAAAAUUUCGAAGAAAAAUAUGGUACAGUACAUCCGGACUUCUUCCAUGGAAGCUACUCUCAGGCGUUGGAUACGGCAAAAAGAGAUUUCCGCUUCUUCAUGGUUAUAUUGGAGUCAGGUGAACACGACGAUAAUGCCAAAUUCAACCGAGAAACUUUAACAUCCGUUAAUUUAUUAAUGUUCCUUCAAGAGCAUGAAGUUUUGGUAUGGGUAGGAGAUGUCAAAGAUCCGGAAGCUUUUCAAGUAAGUGAUAAAUGGCGGGUGACCACUUUUCCAUUUGUAGCGAUAGUAGCUCUUCAGAAUCCUCCUGGUAACAUGGGAUUAAGCCCAAAAAUGACUUUGGUUGAUCGUAUCGAAGCAAGACUUAAUCUGCAAAUCAGCCGAUAUGGUCCAGUUUUGCAAAGAUUCCGUUUUGAACGUGCGGAACGUGAUGCUACACGUCAAAUUCGCGAACAACAGGAUAGUGCAUACCUUCUCUCUUUGCAAGCUGAUCAAGAAAAAGAACAAAAUUGGAGAAGAUGGGCUUUAACUAAAUUACCAGAUGAACCAUCUCGUAACGAAACAAAUGUUGCAAAUUUAAGCUUUAAACUUUCAAAUGGUGAAAGGGUUGUCAGAAGAUUUAGGGCGAAUGAUACUGUUGAAAUGAUAUAUACUUUCGUAGAUACAUAUCAUUUGCGAACAGAAGAAAAUACUUUGACAUUAAUGUCUCGUCCACCAAUUGAUUAUAAUCAUAAAUUUGAAUUUUUACUUGUUUCACCUUACCCACGAACUGUACAUCAUUCAAGUAAACAUAAAACUAUCAAAGAAGAAGGUGGUCUGUGGCCUUCUGCUAGUCUUAUUGUUGAAAAUGACAAAGAAAAUGAAGAAUGA